GACACAGGGGAAAGCAGGGGAAAACAGAGGAGUUCUGUUUUGCAUUUGCACUGUGAUGAUGGAUGGGUUUGCAAGAAAUGGACACAAGAGAAAAAGCAUACAUAAAGAUAAAGGUAAUGCUUCUUCUUCUUUCUCUCCCUCUCCAGAAAUGUUUCAAGUCCUCUCUUCCCCUCUGGGGCAUCACUACAAUUGAGAAGGAUGCUCCCCUUUCCCUGGUGAUUGAUAUCAUUAUCGAGCAAGGUCUCUUUCAGUCAAGGUAUGAAAUUCAAGCCUUUAGACUUGAAAGUACAGCACAUGGAACAGGUGCACCUGUUGAUGAACUACAGGUUCAAGGGGUUUCUAGUCGUAGCGAUUUGAGGAAGAUUUUCUCUUCACUUGUUCUAGUGAAGACAGCAUUUUCCCUACAAUAACAUUCAAGAAAGUCGAUAAAAUUCUCCACGAGAUGAAGGAAAAAGUUGGGUUAGGUGGUGGUCCCAAUCCAAAACAUAAAGUUGAAUUAAGUAAAGAUUCAUCAUCACAUACUCGUACCAAAGAAAAUGGUGCAUCAUCAAGAAUAGAUGUUCCUGAUUAUGGAGAAGAAAAAAAACAAGGUUUCAAAUAGCUCAUACAAUGUAAACGUGACAUAUGGCUUCCGCUUGCUAAAUGGAACAAACAAUAUUCCUACAGCAAGCUAUGUUGUUGUAGAGCUUAGACAGAUUGGUGAUGGUGACCAUGAUGUAGGACUAUUUGGCAUAUUUGAUGGCAUAACGAACUAUCAAACUCCUGCGUACUUGCAGUCUUAUCCCUUCAAGAAUAUCAUAGCGGAGCCUGAAUUCUGGUUAUCCACUGCAUAUGCAGUGAGGAGAGGAUAUCUUAUAACCAACAAUAACCUUGUGGAGAGAAUUGAUUUGAGGUCCA